AUGGCAUCCAAGAGAAUACUGAAGGAGCUCAAGGACUUACAGAGAGAUCCACCAACUUCAUGCAGUGCAGGUCCUGUAGGUGAGGACAUGUUCAACUGGCAAGCAACCAUCAUUGGUCCAAAUGACAGUCCUUAUGCUGGUGGUGUUUUCCUCGUCAUCAUCCAUUUCCCUCCUGAUUAUCCCUUCAAACCUCCCAAGCCGUACACAUAG